AUGGCAAUCGGACCUCAACAUGGAACAUUGAAACGUGGGUCCCGGUCAACGGAUCUUGUAGAUGGCGAGUUUGAUGGAUCAUGUGCACCCAAAGAUCCCGGAGAAACCGCGCCCAAGAAGCGCUCCGGUCCCACGACCUCCGCGACGCCGGUCAGUAUCGGGGGCACCGCCGCGUCCGCGCUGGCGCCAGGGGUCUUGGUGCUGGGCGUCACCGGGGCGCCGGGCUCUGGGAAGACGUCGCUGGCGAAGGAUCUGGCAGAGAUGCUGCGAGGGAAGGAACUCAGCUGCACUCUGAUUUUGCAAGAUGAUUUUGGCCUCGGAAAGAACGCCGGAAAUGGAGCCUGGUUCUGGGAGAAAGGCAAAUGGCUUUCCUAUUGGGAAUCGCCCGAUUCUACAGAUUGGACCAGCAUGGAGACAGCGAUAGAGGAGGCGAUGAAGGAGUAUUCGGUCGUCGUGGUAGAAGGUCAUUGCAUUUUCAGCUCGGAAAGUUUGUCGAAGCUGCUGAACUGCCUCGUUUGGAUGGAUGUGGACGACAACACCAGUUGGCACCGACGUUGGCAAUAUCCCAGAGGAUGGAAACCCAGCCGCUACUUUUCUGACUUCAUUUGGCCUGGGCACGAGGUCGCCUUGCUGAAGAGCUGA